UCGUCGCGCCCUCUCCCGAAUAUCCAGAUAAAAUUUAAUUUUCUGAUAAGAUUGGACACGGUUCAAAGCCGGACGGAAGAUAAGGAAUUGGAGAAGUGGAGUAGAUAAUACGAAUAACAUGUCUAAUUUCAAGGAGGAGACGAUAUGGUCGAAUAUAGCAUUACGAAUAUUAGUAAACACCGCAUCGCACCCUUUAGAAUGUGCCAAAGUUUUGAUUCAGAUUGGCUACGAACCUAUUCCCCCUCGAGCAACAAUCACUAUUUUUGGCAAACCGGCGCUUGCACUACCCAACAUUUUCCAGUAUGUUAAGUAUAUCAAGACUGUUGAUGGGUAUGCUGGUUGUUAUCGCGGACUCGUUCCCAAGCUCUGUGCAAAUGCCAUUAGUGCCUUUGCAUUUCAGAAGACUGCUGAGAGUAUUACAUUCGCUAACGAACCUGAUAAGCAAAUAGAUGAAGAUGAUUUAUCGGACAGUGAGAGGCGAGUUAGGUGCAUCAAUGAACUUCUCCGAGACUUAGCCAGUAGAAUAGCUGCCAUUGUUGCUAGUCAUCCAUUCGACGUUAUUACGCUCCGAAUGAUCGCACAAUUUGUUGGAGGUGAAACUAAGUAUAAUGGACUGGUGGGGUCUAUAAUUCAAAUCUACAGACAGAACGGAAUAUCUGGCUACUUUGCUGGUUUGGUGCCGCGUCUAAUUGGAAAUAUUGCAUCGCUAAUAUUGGCCAGCACGGCUACCUACGCCAUUAACAAGUAUAUUAUUCAGGAUAGGGAAAUGCGAAGCUAUACUGCAGCAAGCAUGACGUUUGUUGCAAGUGCCAUAACAUACCCAUUCUUGGUUGUUUCCCACUGUAUGGCCGUAAAUGAUUCUGGAUUGGCGGCUGGUUACCCACCGCAGAUGCCGAUCUAUGAGAGCUGGAUACGUUGUUGGGCUCACCUAGCUGCAAAUAACCAGCUAAAACGUGGUAACAGCGUUCUAUGGCGCUAUUAUACUGGACCCAACGUUAUUAUAAAUGGUAAAGCAGUGUAUAUAAAUAAGGAUAAUUUUUACUGACAAAGUGCACAGUGAUAGAUAUACUUAAAACUGAAAUGUCAGUAACAUAUUUUAAGAAAAAUUAUUCGGAACUGCCUGACAUUGACUUGAAAUUAUUGUAUAGCGAGGAGUUUUGUGUAUGUUAUGCUGUAAUGUUCAUAUAUUUAUUAGACAAAUAUAUUAGGUAUCUCUUUGAAUCAACAAUAACCAUUUUAUACAGUUGCUUUUUGCAGUUUUACAGUGUUAGGUCAAACCUGUAUAAAGAAGGAGCAUUUCAAGUAAAGAGAGUGCAUUAAAAAUCUGUAGAAACUCAAACGAAAGUUUUUAAUAGACAAAAAGGACAGUCUUUAUCCAGAUUUCUUAUUGUUUGUAGCUCUUACUGAUUGAACAACUUGUUUAGACAAGGAGAAGGGGGAAAUGGAAGGGACUUAAAAUGAACAAUUGUUUUUAUUAAAAAAGCUUAUCCUACUACUUUAUUUAACCAUUUCUUCACUUAAACAAAACAAAAAUUUGAGUUAUACAUUUGCUUGAACAAAAAAUUUGUGUGUAUAUGCAAUGCAAAAUUUGCAUAUUCUUUUCCUUCAAAUUUAUAUUACUUCUUUUCUUGUUAAAUUUUUUUCUUUUCCCAAAUGUGGAACAAAAUUAGCGAUAGGUCAAUAAUUAAUUAGAUAUAUACUGUCUAAAGCAUUCGAAAACAUUAAAUUCUUCUUUAUACAUAAUGUAUAACAUAUUCUUUUUCCUAGUUUAACGAGUCAUUAAUUAAUUGUAAGUAAUAAUUUAUCGCCAUACUCAAAAGCAAUUUAUCAUAGGUAUCUGGUUAUAUCUAUAUGCUACAUACUAAACAUUUAUAAAAAUUGGUUAAUUUUUAUUGCCUAAGCGUUUCAAAGUACAAUAUACAGUGUUUUGAUAAGAUUCACGUGGCUGAAAUUUCUGUAUGAAAAUAAUCAAUUCGAGGAUCAGAAAAUGCGUAAAAAAUACUACAAGUUGUAUAAAAACUAAAUCAUUGAGUAGUCAGAAAGAUGAUUAAUGCAAUUUCUCUACUAGCCGAGCCACGAAUUCUUCUAUGUUUAUCUGUAAAAAUAUAUAGUGAUGAACAUUGAGCAAUGAUUCUAAGAUUUGAAUAUACUAAAAAAGUACGUACAUUAAUCAAUGAAUGACAAUUUUUAAUGAGGCAGAAUAAAACGAAAAAUUUUACGAUGUUUAUGUAAAUUUAAAAUCAGAUCUGUGAAUAUCUUGCAGUUGUAAUAAUGCAGUAUUGAUGCCAAUAUCGAAUAUAUAGUGGAUUAUUGUUGUAAAAUGCAAAACUUGUGUGUUCAUGUGCAUGCAUUACAUAUGUACGUAAAUGCAUGAAUUAUCCAUACGUAUAAUUGAUUUUGUCAAAUUAACAUCAAGAGAUGAAGUUUUAGGCCAAAAAUAUUUCAAGUAACUACCAUAUUAUUUGUGGAACGCAAUAUUCUAUUAGCGGCGAAAAGCAUUACUUGGCAAAAUAAUUGAUAAACGUAAAAACUGUUUUUUUCAGUACGUCAAUCUAUCUUUAAAGAUUCUAUUAGAGUGCUAUCUUUGUUAUUGUCUAUUCAGAGCGUUUGAUAUGAUAAUUUGUUGACAUCUUUGAAUCCUAGGUGUCGGAUAUUUUUGGAUUUUGUGUUUUUUUUCUGUACAGUGUUAAUAUCCGCAACAUAAUAGAUUUACGUUUAAAGUUUAUCAUUUUUCAUGACAACUAGGAAAAGAGCUCAAUUGCACCGCCAAGGAAAAGAAUAUGUGACGGUAUCGGGGUAGAAAAGAAACGAUGAAUAUCCUUCGGGAUACAUGUACAAGAAUUAUUAACUACACUCGAAUAUUGUGUCUAUAUUAAAUAUGAGCUAGUACAUAUGCAAUUUUUUGCAUUAAAACACGAGACUAAGUUCUUAGUUUAUUAACCGUGUCGACAUAGAGAUAGAGUCUUAUACAUUGAUCUAUUUAUUGCUAUUGCUAUCAGAGAAAGGUGAAUUUAUAUUUCAUAAUAUCUAACACAUAUUCAAAUUGAAUAUCAAGUAAUAAUUAGCUGUUAAUGGAUCUUACACGGUGACGAAAUCAGCACCUGUACAAAAAAAAAAAAAGGAAACGAAACAUAUAUAU